CGAUCACCGUUGGCGUGUUUGGAUGAUGCAGUGUUCUGUUUGAGCGUUCAGAGUGGACUUUUCUCGUCCUUCUUCGACUCUUGGACGUUUGUCAAAUGUCCGGCUUUCAGGCUCUUUCAGUUUUCCCUGAUGAGGUCCAUCAGCUGUCAGUGAAUAAAGAAGCAGCAUGCCCUGAGCAGCAGGAGAGGAGUGAGCAUCUGAAAAUUAAAGAUGAACCUGAGGAACUGUGGAGCAAUCAAGAGACAGAUCAUCUUCGAGGGCAAGAGGAGGAUGAUAUCAAGUUCACUUUUGUUCCUGUCCCUGUGAAGAGUGAAGAUGAUGAAGAGGAACCUCAGUCUUCACAGCAUUCUCAAAAACAAACCAAAGAGUCAGCCAGGUACUUUGAUCCAGAGAGAGAUUUACAACAGCAUUCUGAGGUCAAGACUGAAGACUCUUCUGAUCCAGAGACUGAUGACAGUGCUGAUUGGAGGGAGAUGUCAGAAGACCAGUCAGGUUUAAAGUCAGUCGGGGAAAGCACAAAAAUGGGAGCAAAGAUCCAAAAGAAACUGUAUAUCUACUCAGAGUGUGGAGAAAGAUCUAAGAGUGAAAUCGGUGUGAUUAGACGCAUGGUUGUUCAUACCAAAGAGAAAUCCUUCAGCUGCUCUGUGUGUGGUCAGAGAUUUACCCAAAAAGGGAGUUUAACUGUUCACAUGAGAAUUCACACAAGAGAUAAACCAUCUGUCUGCUCAGGUUUAGGCAAAAUAUUUUGCAAUAAAAUAAAUUUUAACAAUCACAACAAAGUUCAUACCAAAGAAGAACUUUAUAUCUGCUCUGUGUGUGGUCAGAAAUGCUCAACAAAAGGAACUCUGACCACACACAUGAGAAUUCACACAGGUGAAAAACCUUUUGCCUGUUCUGUCUGUGGUCAGAGAUUUACCCAAAAAGGGAGUUUAACUGUUCACAUGAGAAUUCACAAAACAGAUAAACCAUUUGUCUGCUCUGUGUGCAAUCAGAGAUUUACCCAAAAAGGGAGUCUAACUGCGCACAUGAGAGUUCACACAGGAGAGAAACCAUUUGACUGCUCUCGGUGUGGUCAGAGAUUUACCCAAACAGGAGCUUUAACUGCUCACAUGAGAGUUCACACAGGAGAGAAACCAUUUGACUGCUCUCAGUGUGGUCAGAGAUUUUCACGAAAAGGCCAUCUAACUGUUCACAUGAGAAUUCACAGAAGAGACAAACCAUUUUUCUGUUCUGAUUGUGGUCAGAGAUUUACCCAAAAAGGAAGUUUAAAGAGUCACAUGAGAAUUCACACAGGUGAGAAACCGUUUGUCUGCUCUGAUUGUGGUCAGACAUUUGCCCUAAAAUCAAGUUUAAAGAGUCACAUGAGAAUUCACACAGGUGAGAAACCGUUUGCCUGCACUGAAUGUGGCAAAACAUUUGCACAUCAUGCAACUUUGACCAAACAUAUGCGAAUUCAUACCAGAAAAAAAACCUUCAGUCGCUCUCAGUGUGGUGAGAGAAUUACUGAAAAAUGAAAUUUGACUGAACAUAAGAAAAAAAAGAAAGAAAAACAUGAGCAGCAUCAGCAGGAUUAUCUUGUAGUGCAGAACCAGGUUUCAGUUCCUGUUGACUCCCUUUGGUUUCUACACUACAUUCCACAUUAUUAUGCAAUUGAAA